AUGACCAGCAGGAAGAGGUCUCUCGAGAAUGACUCUGUUUGGCCGCCCGGUGGUCUCUUUGGGCCCUCUCCAGGCCAGGGACAGCCUAAGCGGGACAGAGUGUACAAGCUAUAUUCUCACUCCCCAGCCUCCCUUCAGGCUGUCACUCUCCCAAUAGCCUCUCCUUCCCCUUCUCCUCUGCGACAGAGCUUCAUCCCAGAGAACAGUUUGCGGACGACAUUCGGACCCGACGGCUCCCUUCCUUUGCCCCAGCUAUCUGACAGAACGACAAGUCUAUCGCGCGCGGGCUCUGAUUACUCCAGCCCAAUGUCGCACAUCACCAAUAGCUCCCCUGAUGAGAUUCAGCAUUCUACGCCGCUGAGAGUCAAGUUGGCCUUGUCCGCGAGCUCUGAUGGAAGGCCAAGUGUAUAUGAAGACUCUAGUGAGAAGUAUCAGAUAGAUGACGGGAUCAUCCUAGGUGACGCCUUAUCCUUCGUUCAAGAAACGCGGUCUCACGAGCCGAGCCUCUCCCCGUUGGCAAUCUCCAACAUCUACUCUCGGCUUGGUUCUGCGCGGACUGGGAUGACGGUGCAGACCCCUCCAAGUGGCACGUCCAAAAGGAGUAUCUUCCGAAGCGGCACAGGUAGCUCUGAGUAUGCCUCCUUUUCUUCGUCUCCUCCCGGUGCGCCCCUACGCAAACAUCGAUACAUCGCGCCCGCUGUCAACCACGGCUCGCCCAUCUCUCGCCGGCAGCGGAACUCGGUGACCCCAGAACAGCUGGCCCCGCAGCUCCAGACGUUGCUAUCCGAGUCCGACUCUGAGCCGGAGAUUGAUGUGAUUAUGGUGGAUCCGAAAGACCUGGGGUCGCCGAAGCUGUGGGCAAGAAGGGGAAAGAAGACCGGGUGGGAGUAG